AGACGUACAGGUUUGUAAGUUAAUUGACAUCUGAGUGCAAGUGGAUGAGAUGGUGGGAUUACAUAGCUCUAGUAUGAACGAUGGGCUGUGUGACCCGUUUCCAUGUUGUAUCACUAAAACUAAAACAGAAAUAUAAAGAUCCCGAUGGAUCACCAUGGAGUUAAGGCAUUCGCAAGGUCCACUUCAAUGCCCAUUUCGCAAGCCACCAGCCACCUCCCGCACAAUUUUUGGUAGAGUCUACAGUUCCCACAUUGGCCACAAAACCAGAUAGGAAUGAAUAAUUCUUAGUGUCAAAGAACCACAUAAUAAAAUGUAGACUAACUUGGAAAAAUCACUGUUUUAAGAGGCAUUGCUGAGGAUUAAUCUAGUUUUAUUUUCAUGUAACAAUGCAUUUAAUCUGCCCGUGUAAGAUUUAUUUUACCAAAGUUACACUAUUUGCUGCAAAGCACAAAGACAGCAUCUGGGGAGGGAACGGACAGGCGGCAUUUUGGCUCAAGAUCCCACUUUAGAUUUAAGCUGUUUGCUGGUGUUUGUUUCCCAGUAGUAAAGCAGCAUUCCACAAAGGCUCUAUUCGUGCAAAUGAUGUGCUCAGCUUUUUCAAACUUCCUGUGGCUGAGACUCGGAACGCAGUAAGAGCAGCUGAGCUAAUGGAAACCACCAUUGAACUUAUUCGACAGAUGGUUUACACCCAGGAGAAAAUGUUCAGGAAUGCAACAGAUCUGCUCAGCGCACUGGAUCUUCAGACACUGGCCAGGGUGACAGGUUGUACCACUCAGCUACAGGUCAUCCCUUGCUCUAGUUCCUGUUUGUUGGAUAAAUAUCGAACCAUUUCUGGCAUCUGCAAUAACAGACAGCACACCCACUGGGGAGCUGCUAAUGUCCCAUACGUUCGAUGGCUGCCUCCAGACUAUGAUGAUGGGUUUUCAAUCCCCAAAGGAUGGAUGGAGUUGAAGAAAUAUAAUGGAUUCGCCCUACCACUGGCCAGAAUGGUGUCGACAGCAAUCCUACACACAGGCAACAGGAACAUUUCUCUGGACAGCAGUUAUGCCCACAUCCUGGUGGAAUGGGGUCAGUGGAUUGACCACGAUAUGGACCUGACACCACAGAGCGCCAGUACCUCUUCCUUUAUCGACACCAUUGAUUGUUCGUCAUCCUGCUAUAACAGAAGCCCGUGCUUCCCAAUACAGAUCCCAGAGGACGAUCCCCGUGCUUGCGAAAGUGAGAGGUGCAUGCCCUUCUUCCGCUCGGCCCCAGCAUGUGGGAGUGGCGAGUCUGGGAUCCUCACAGGGCAGCUCCGACCCCGGGAGCAGCUGAACAGCAUCACCUCCUUUGUGGAUGCCAGCAUGGUUUAUGGAAGUACAGAGAGCCUGGCAUGGAGACUGAGGAAUCAUACCAACGACCUGGGCUUCCUGGCUAUCAACCAGCAGUACUCAGACCACGGCCUGGCCUACUUACCCUUCAUGACCAAGAAGCUUCAAAAUCCCUGCACGCUGACCAGAGACCAGUCCCACAUUGGAAACAAGUCAGACAUUCCAUGUUUCUUGGCUGGAGAUUCCCGAGCAAAUGAACAUUUAGGGAUGCAAGCACUGCACACCAUCUUCUUACGAGAACAUAACAAAAUAGUAUCAGAACUACAUCAGCUAAACCCACACUGGAGUGGUGAGACCUUGUAUCAGGAAGCACGGAAAAUCAUGGGAGCCUUCCACCAGAUUAUAAAUUGGAAGGAUUAUGUGCCUAAAAUUCUUGGCCCGGAUGCAACAAAGCAGCAUUUACUCCCCUACAAGGGCUAUGAUGAUACAGUGGAUCCCCGGAUUUCCAACGUGUUUGCCACAGCAGCAUUUCGUUUUGCUCAUGUUACCAUCCAUCCAAUACUCUACCGGUUGGAUGAGAAUUACACGGAGAAUCCGACCUACCCCAGCAUCUCUCUGCACAAGUCAUUUUUCUCCCCAUGGAGAAUUAUAGAAGAAGGAGGCAUUGACCCCAUCAUCCGAGGUGUUGUAUUAAAGUCUGCCAAGCUGCAAACGCAAACACAGAUGAUGCCAGAAGAGCUGACGGAAAAGUUGUUUCAGCCGAAGGAAUCCUUAGCCUUGGAUCUGGCAGCACUUAACCUACAACGAGGAAGGGAUCAUGGGCUACCGAGUUACAAUGCCUGGAGGCGGUUCUGUGGACUGACGCAAGCCAAAAACAUCUCGGAAUUAAUACAAGUCUUUAACAGCACGUACUUGGCAAAAAAGAUCCUCGCAGUGUACAAGACGCCUGACAAUAUAGAUGUGUGGAUUGGUGCAAUUGCAGAACCACUGCUGCCCAGAGCUCGUGUUGGGGAGCUCUUGGCCUGUCUUCUUGGAAAACAGUUUCAAGUCCUGAGGGAUGGAGACAGGUUUUGGUGGGAAAAUGAAGGUGUGUUUACCAAGCAGCAGAGAGAAGAGCUGAGUAAAGUCACUCUGUCCAGAAUCUUAUGUGACAGCACCAGGAUUCGGAGAAUCCCCGUGGAUGUGUUUUCACGGAACCAAUAUCCCAAUGAUUUUGUACCUUGUAACAGCUCUGUAAUCCCCUCACUCAGCCUGGCUCCCUGGAAAGAGAAGACCACAGAAACGUCUUGUGGGGAAGUUCCCAAGGUGGAAAGGGCACAUUUCUUCUUUUGUAAAACAUCCAUCCAUUUUGAAUGUAACACUGGAUUUCAUCUCAUUGGAGCCUCAUCUAUAACCUGCAAUCCUUUUACUGGAGCAUGGAGUUCGGCAGCACCCACAUGUCAAGAAAACAUCUCAAAGAGUUCAAGCCUUCUCAUCACAAUGCUCGUAACUAUCUGUGGCUGUGUUUUCAUCGUCCUGCUGGCAGUUAUUGGUUUUCAGAGAUAUCGAAGGAGAGACAAAGGCAUGAAUAAGACCGUAAUCAAAUGUGGAUUGUGUAUUAAAUAAUUUAUCUUCUAAAAAUGAAGCCUUUCAAGAUGACAGGACUGACUGCAGAAACAGAAGCUAAUUUACCAUCUAUGUGACUCAUCAACUCCAUUUUCUGGGUUUCACUCUCUACAAAAGCCUUACCAUUACUGCCAAUUCAAUCAGUCCCCAUCAUUUUGAAGUAAUUGAGGCUCCAGGCUUGAAUUCCAUGCACCCAUUUUAUCCAUUGCUAAUUUCAUAAACCGACUUCCAAAUCCAAGUCAAAGAUCCAAAUCCUGUUCUUCCUCCACAUUUUCUUUCUUCAUCUUCCUUUUCCUCUCUAGGAUAUGACUUGAAUAUAAAACCGUUGUCAAGUUUCCCCAUCAUCAAUACCACACCACCUCUGAUCACCAAUUUAAUUGGACCAACUGGGUAAACACUGUGGCUACAAGAGUUGGUUAGAUAUUAGGAAUCCUGCAGUCACCUCUCAAUUUCUUAAAGACUUACACCAAUUCAAGGCUCAAGUCAGAAUUGUGAUGUAAUGUUUCUCAGAUUACAACUCAAUUUUAGAAUUUUAAGACUAUCCAGGACAAAAAUGUUCAAGUGCUUGGUAUCCUUUUGAUUUCAUCAGAAGUAUUCACUUCUUUCACUGCCAUUGUGCAGUAAAGUACACCUGCUACAAAAUAAACUUCAGCACCUUGCUGGAUUUCAUUGACCUUCCUAAAUCUACACAAUCACAUAACUGAGAUCCCCUGCCUGAUACCACUGUGGGAAUACAAACACGUCCAGUGCAAAGAUAUGAUUAAACACCACUCUCGAGAAUAAUUAUGGAUUGGAAAUAUUGACAUUUCCAGUGAUGCUGCAUCUUCUAAAUAAAAGGAAAAGAUAAUCAGCUAUGCUUGUCCAAUAACUUGAGUUGUUUAGAAAUGCAGAAUGUCUUUGUCUCCACUCCUAUAGAAUGUGCCAAACUCUCAGAAACUCCCUUUCUAUCAAGGUCGGUAUUUACUAACAUUUUAUGUCAGCAAAGUGUGUUGGGACUUCUUUUCUAAAAAAAAAAGUUUAUUUGUUGUAGCGUGCAUUGGUAGUAAAGCAUGCUUGGACUGCAAGAAGUGUCCUCUUUCCACAAAAUGUGUUUGGUUUCUAAGUUGAUUUCUUUUUCUGUAAAAAAAGCUAGAACAUUUCUGUUUGUAGCAUUUGUAGAAAAUACAAGACAUGAGAGAUAUCAGCAACAAAAUGGUUCUCAACUGUAGUUUUGCAUUCAUACUCAUUGAGUGAACAAAUAUUUCAGCCAUAUUCUCACUUUUUAAACUGACAAAUGAAAAUGACUUAAUUUCAAAUUAAUUCACAAUAGCAGACAAAGUAUACAUUGCUUUAAAAAAGUGGUUGAACCUACUGCUGUAAUUACAAAAAAUAAAUCACUCAUCUCAUUGAGUGCAACAUAAAAAUACUGGUCACCCUCAGCUCAUCUCAAAUACCUUGCCAUUUUGUAAUUAGUUAGGUUUGGGAUGCAAUUAUUGAAGCCCUUCGGUAUGUUUGACUACUACAUAGCUGCACUUUUUUUAAUUGGCUGAAACUGAAUUUGUUCAGGUUAAUGAAUACUGAAUUCUCAAAGUUCAGUAUUUUGCUUAUACUCGCGCUUUCAGCAAAGCUGGUAAAUCUCACUUGUACAGUGGCUUAAACAUGUUCUGCAAUGUGUUAAAAACUGAAUGAUGUAUUAUUAAAAUGCAAAGUGGAUCAUAUGGAAGGAAUGGAUAUGGGACAUUUUCUAUGACAGGCUAUGUAUGAAGGAGAGUCUUAAGAAGAGUCUUGACUUGAAACGUCGUCUAUCUAUUCCCUCCACAGAAGCUGCCUAACCCCUUGAGUUAUUUCAGCACUUUGUUUUGCUCAUGAUUUCAGCACCUGCAGUUCCUUGUCCCUCUAAUGCAUUAUCAACUACAAAUCAAAAAAACUAAUACAACAGAAGUGAACCAGUAGUUCAGAGAUUCUGUAAAGAAAAUAAGAAUUCAAUAUAAUGUUAGAAUAGGAACAAUAUUGGUACAUGGCAAUCCAAUAUAAUAAAAAAGAGAUUGAGAAGAUGGGCCCAUGUAAUUUAAAAACAUGGGAAUUAAUGUGGUUUCUUGUUGUUGCUUGGUCUAUUGGGUUUUACUAGAAUGAAGAUUGUAUGUUUUAGUGUUCAGCAAGAACAAGGAUUAAUAUUUUCUGAUAAUGGAUGUCUUGAUCAAUAGCGGUCUUGAUCAAUAGCGGGUUGAAACAGUGUGUGAAAACUUCAUGAAUAAUGCCACUCGGGCAGAAUAAAUUUAGCACCCAAAAUAAACUUUAACACUGUAAAACCUGUACACUCCUAUUCCAGACUUAGUAAACUUUUAUCUGUUCAACAAGAGGCCUGAAAUAAAGUUGCUCAA